UUCCUCGUGUGUGUUUUCUACUAUGGCUUUUGAGACGUUAAAGUUAGAAAUUGGGUCAAAGAUUGGACUUUCAUUUUUCUGCUAUCUGGCCUUCUGUUCGGUUUUAGGAGGGAGACUGAAAUUUUAUACUUUGUUGAUCUUUACAAUAUAAUACGCUGAAAAUUGCGUUCAAAGAAUGGCUAGCUCAUGGCUAUUCUCCUGCCUUGAUUUUCUUUCCUUCUAGACCACGUUCACUUUGCUCACCGAGAGAAGGGAGAAGUUGUAAAUCUUAUACAACAGUUGGCAUUGCAUUAGACCCAGUGUUAUGAUUCUCGAGUCUCAGGAUUGAAACCAAGCUACAACUCUGUGUUAUGGGUUUUGUGUUUUAGGACUUCGUUUUUUAUGGGUAUUUGAGUUUUGGGGGCGAUACCUGGCCACCCGGCUGGUCAUCAAGUCCACUAUUUAUGUUUUGAGCAUCUUUCGCCUUCCUCUUUCAUGUUUCAGUAAUCACCACAUAGAAACUUUGAGUAAAUUUUUCUGUUUUGGAUUUUAAUUUAAUUAUUAUUAUUUUUUUUGGCUGAAACAGAGGUGCAAGUUUUGGGUAUCGAGUUUUGCAAGGGAAUGAUUGUUUGAAAUCUGUGAGAUAAGGUAAGGCAGAGUUGUGUAUUUGGUGAAGCGUUUUUGCCUGAAGGACGCUAAGUACAUUAGUUUGUGCCGCCAUGCCCAUGAGACAAAUGAAAGAGAGCUCAGAGCAGCAUCUUGUGAUCAAACCCCAAAUACAGGGAUCCGUGAAUCCGGUUCUGGAGGUCCCAAAAACUGUUCAGAGUGAGAGAGGUCCACCUCGUGAAGAACCUCAGAUUACUAAUGGUGAACAGCACCCUUCACCUCUUUCAAGGAACAGAGGUAGGAGGAGAGGAAGAGGUGGCCGAAAGUCCGACCAAGGUGAUGUUGUUAUGCGACCAACUUCCAGGCCCUGUACCAUUGCCGAUAAGCCGAUUGCAGGCCACUCUGUUGAAACUCUGUCAUCUGAAAUUGCCAGUGUGUCUUCCGAUGGAGGUCAUGUACAUGAAAUGGAUAUGGGUUUCCCUUCUUCAAGCAAAGCUUUGAGGUUUGCUCCAAGGCCUGGGUAUGGGCAAGUAGGGACGAAGUGCAUCGUGAAGGCCAACCAUUUCUUGGCGGAGUUACCAGAUAAGGACUUAAUCCAGUAUGAUGUUACUAUUACUCCUGAAGUGGUUUCAAAAACCAUAAAUAGAGCUAUCAUGGCAGAGCUUGUGAAGCUCUACAGAGAGUCGGGCUUGGGAAUGAGACUGCCUGCAUAUGAUGGCCGAAAGAGUCUAUACACAGCGGGAGAGCUCCCCUUCACUGCCAAGGAGUUCAAGAUCAAACUUGUGGAUGAAGAUGAUGGAAUCAGUGGUCCUAAAAGGGAGAGAGAAUAUAACGUGGCAAUCAAGUUUGUUGCUCAAGUAGACUUGCACCACUUGGGUCAGUUUUUAGCCGGUAAACGUGCUGAUUCUUCACAGGAAGCUCUUCAGAUUCUUGACAUUGUAUUAAGAGAACUCUCAACCAGAAGGUACUGCCCUGUUGGGAGAUCAUUCUUUUCUCCUAAUAUAAGAAAUCCACAGCAGCUUGGUGAAGGGCUGGAGUCAUGGUGUGGAUUCUACCAGAGUAUAAGACCUACACAGAUGGGUUUGUCCCUAAAUAUUGAUAUGUCUUCAGCAGCAUUUAUUGAACCUCUGCCUGUAGUUGAGUUUAUUGCUCAACUUCUAGGCAAGAAUGUGCUGUCAAGGCCCUUAUCUGAUUCUGAUUGUGUAAAGAUCAAGAAAACCCUUAGGGGAGUGAAAGUUGAAGUGACUCAUAGAGGAAAUGUGCGAAGAAAAUAUCGAGUAUCAGGAUUAACGACACAACCUACAAGAGAACUGGUGUUUCCUGUUGAUGACAAAUCAACAAUGAAGUCAGUUGUUGAAUAUUUUCAAGAAAUGUAUAGCUUCACAAUUCAGCAUUCACAUCUUCCUUGCCUUCAAGUUGGAAACGAUAAGAAGGCAAAUUAUUUGCCAAUGGAAGCAUGCAAAAUUGUUGAGGGACAACGAUAUACAAAAAGACUGAAUGAGAGGCAGAUAACUGCUCUUCUUAAAGUUACAUGCCAAAGACCUAGGAAUCGGGAAAAUGACAUCUUGCAGACAGUUCAACAUAAUUCUUAUGGCCAAGAUCCAUAUGCAAAGGAGUUUGGGAUCAAAAUCAGUGAAAAGCUAGCUUCUGUUGAGGCUCGGAUUCUGCCUGCUCCUUGGCUGAAAUAUCAUGAUACUGGGAAGGAAAAAGAUUGUUUGCCUCAUGUUGGUCAGUGGAAUAUGAUGAACAAGAAAAUGAUCAAUGGGAGCACUGUAAGCCGGUGGGCAUGUAUCAAUUUCUCAAGAAGUGUUCAAGAGAGUGUUGCUCGUGGAUUUUGUAAUGGGCUGGCUCAAAUGUGUCAAAUAUCUGGCAUGGAAUUCAAUCCAGAACCUGUGAUCCCAAUAUACACAACAAGGCCUGAACAAGUAGAGAAGGCUCUGAAGCAUGUUUAUCAUGCAGCUAUGAACAAACUCAAAGGGAAAGAGUUGGAGCUACUCUUAGUCAUUCUGCCUGACAACAAUGGUUCCCUAUAUGAUCUAGGUUUAAUAUCACAAUGCUGUCUGACAAAGCAUGUUUUCAAGAUUAACAAACAGUAUCUGGCUAAUGUAGCCCUGAAAAUCAACGUUAAGAUGGGAGGAAGAAAUACUGUACUCUUGGAUGCUAUCAGCUGGAGAAUACCAUUGGUUAGUGACAUACCAACCAUAAUAUUUGGGGCAGAUGUGACCCAUCCAGAAAAUGGAGAAGACUCUAGCCCUUCAAUUGCUGCUGUAGUAGCUUCUCAGGACUGGCCUGAAGUUUCAAAAUAUGCUGGUCUAGUUUGUGCCCAAGCUCAUAGACAGGAACUCAUUCAAGAUUUGUACAAAACUUGGCAUGAUCCAGUGCAUGGUACUGUUAGUGGUGGCAUGAUUCGGGAUCUACUAAUUUCCUUUCGAAAAGCAACUGGACAAAAGCCACUAAGGAUUAUAUUCUACAGGGAUGGUGUGAGUGAAGGGCAAUUUUAUCAAGUUCUACUCUAUGAGUUAGAUGCAAUCCGGAAGGCUUGUGCUUCACUAGAACCAAACUACCAACCACCAGUGACUUUUGUUGUAGUCCAAAAACGGCAUCACACAAGACUAUUUGCUAACAACCACAGGGACCGGAGUAGCACAGACAAGAGUGGGAACAUUUUACCUGGCACAGUGGUUGAUUCUAAAAUUUGUCACCCUACAGAAUUUGAUUUUUAUCUCUGCAGCCAUGCUGGGAUUCAGGGAACAAGCCGACCAGCUCAUUACCAUGUUCUAUGGGAUGAGAACAAUUUUACAGCAGAUGGAAUUCAGUCAUUGACAAAUAAUUUAUGUUACACAUAUGCAAGAUGUACACGCUCUGUAUCAGUUGUUCCUCCUGCCUAUUAUGCACAUUUAGCAGCAUUUCGAGCACGAUUCUACAUGGAGCCAAAUGUGCAGGAGAAAGGUGCAUCAGCUGGUAGUGUUGGUCAAGCAUCAACCUGCACUAUCCUGGCAACAGGGGAGCCAAGUGUGCGGCAAUUGCCAGCCCUCAAGGAGAAUGUUAAGAGGGUAAUGUUCUAUUGUUGAGAGGAAGGAAAGAAAGGUAAUGUGGUCUAGAGGGAAAAGAGUGGUUUGUGUGCUGCAGCCAUUUCCACUCUUGCAUCUCUCUAAUUCCUUGUAUGUAUUAUGAUUGAUGUCUAGUUAAAAGGCCCUAAUUUUAAAUUAGUGAUCUAGUGAAAUCAAAAUAUGGGAAGCCAAAAUGUAGAUUUACAGGGCUGAAAAAAUUGUAUUAGGAAGUUGAAAAGAAGAUUAAGAAAAAGAAAGAAAAUGAAGUAACUAAAAGAAGGUAAGGCUGAAUAUACAAUGUUGUUGUAUUGCUGAAACACACAAGGCCUUGGAUACUAAAUCAGGGCCAUAACCCAAGCUUAAGAAGUGGAAUUUUUAUAAAAUUAACCUUCCACAUUUUCUUGCA